AUGGCUGUGGCCUUGACCGGCCUUGCAUCUCUUGGUUCGGCUCAUAACUGUCAGCAGUUUCAAGUCUCCAUUCCUCUCAACGUGCCCAAAAAUCGAUUCUGGCUUGUGCAUCCGCAGUCGGACAUUGACGUGACAAACUUCAUGCUGGACCUGACACGGCGUGGUCACAACUACGGUGCCGAACUGAUCCGUCCGGUGCCCGAGCGUGAUGGCGAUGCCUCCAAGGUUGAAAUUGAAGUGUUCAGCUUCGAUGCAACGUUUUGCCGCCCAGAUGAUGGGCCGGGCAAGUUCAUCCAGAUCUUGACCGCCGGUUACGAAUGGGACCGCACAUAUUGGGAUCCUCCUCAUGACAACUACAGCUACAGCUACGUGGCCGUUGCCAACGACGAGCACAACUUCGCCACUUUGACCUGGGACGGCGUCGACCAAGACCCAGCUUCACUCAAGGACGGCUUUCUCGUACAGUCUGACCUCGAGAUAGAAGCCCUACACAUGCUGACUACAAUGGUACGCAACGGAACCAUCAACGAAGUCGGUAAAUAUGACAAGGUGGUCCAUGGCGGGCACUCCGCUGGUGCUCAGUACAUCUACGACCUUGUGUCCAAGUAUCCCGACGACUCAGAUGCCAUUAUCCUCACCGGCUUCCUCAAGACAAACAAUUCCAUGGCUGCGCUUCCUCACUCACUAGACCCCUCUGCCUUCAGACGUGAUGAUCACCCUGGCUGGAUCCGUCACAAUAGCCUGCGAGCCAUCCAAGCCAUGUACUUCUCGCCGAGUUAUCUUGACCAUGAAAUGAUCGAGGUCAUCGACAGGAUCAUCCGGCCGAUUCCGAUGGGCAAGUUACUCACGCUUGGCUCCAGCUUCCCAGAACAUGACAACCUUUUCGAAGGCCCAGUCUUCAACAUUGUCGGCCAGCGUGACGUACUGUUCUGUGAGGGAGACUGCUUCGACAAUGGCCGCGUGACGGAGGAGCAGAUCAAGGUCGAGAUGAACCAAUUCCUGAGCCGCUCCAAGGAUUUCCAGCUAUACAUUGUGCCCGAGGGUGGUCAUGCAUUGAACUUUGAGCGUCAUCGUCAAUACACUUUCAGCCGGAUCUUUGAGUUCCUUGCGAAUCAAGGGAACUUGAAUGCUACGACUGCUUGA